GAAUUAUGAUAUCGAUACCGAUAAACCUUUUGUUUAUUUCGCACGUGCCACAGUGAAGUAAACUUGGAUUUGAAGCUGCAUUUGCUGUGUAUUUCACUGGAUAAGGCAAAAUGGACACAGGCGAGGCGCUGAGGUCCUGGCUCACGGAAACGAGCAAGCCGUUCGCGGCACGUGUUGAGUUCGCGCUCAAGGUAUGGCAAUCCGUGGAGUUCCCCUAUCCCAACAAGUACGAGGUCAUCGCCGACUGGCUGUCGACAUCGUUGGGUGGGUGCGAGGACUUACCCACCCAGCAACUGAAGGAUUUCCUAAGCCUGAGGGCGCAGCCUGGCUGGGUUACUCAGACGACGAAAACACAGCUGAUCCACGCUCUUUACGAGAUUGUCUCCCGGGAGGAGAACGCAAAUGAGUCGGCACUGGAACUCCUGCCCAUGGUUCUUGGCUCUGAGAUGCUCCAGGAUGCCCUGCGGUCCAGUAACGAGCUUCUAUUUGAAUGCUAUGGCAGCCUGUUUAGAUGCCAUCAAAAGUGCGUCGAACUUCGCAGAGAUACCAAGGAUGGCACUGAGAGCCAAGACCACUGGGAUGCAGAGUUUGUGGUUCCUGUGAUCCAGCAGCUGACAGAGAUUGUUCGCCGUUCUCUAGAGCCUGAAAAGCUUUUGGAAGAGUACAAUUCGAAAACUGUUCGUCCUCUUGUGGAGCUGCUUCUGACCCUAAAAACUCCAUGCCUAGACGAACUGGCCGCGCUGGAGAAGCAAAUCAAUGCUGAGUUCAGCAUCGCACGUACCAAUGACCUUCCGCUACAUGUCAACCUGAUCCUUUUGGAGGCCAGUGUCCUGAACAAUCGCUUCCAAACAGGUAAACUCAGCGCCAUCCUAUCCUGUGUAUUUGAGACAGAGUCAUUGGCGCAGUCAUCGCUUCAAUUGGCCGCCCAGUUCGUAAUGUCACUGCGUAAAUACGAUGUAUCCCUGCAGUUUAGAAUGAAAAAUCGAUCGAUCACCGGCUUUGCUUUUAUUUCUAAUCAGCUGCUGCAUUUGGUGCGCCAGUACAAGAAGUCAAGUUUAAAGGAGGUCCUAAUACUACUCUGCUCUGUGUUGCGCUACAAUCCUCUCCUGCUGGAGCAAAGUGUUUACCAGAUAACCGUUUGGGUGCUCACCACUCCCAAGGAGAAUGGCCAGGUGGAGGAACUGUAUUCGGAGUACCUCGUCCUACUGCUGGACAUGUUUCGUCGUCUAAGUCGUGCAGAGCGGUUCAUCAUGAAUCUGCUCAAGGCCCUAAGAGAAUGGUUGGGCAAGUACACAUUGGAUGUUCCCCAUAAUGACGCCAAAAAGCGACGCACACAGGACUCUCAAGUGAUUGAAGAUGAACGCCAUCGAAUGGAGGAGCGCUUUUUGGGCAUCAUUUUUAGUAGAACCCCUUUAGCUACAGCUCCUUCGGCCAAUGACGCCUUUAAGCAGCUCUGCCAAACCUGGCCCAGCCACUCAGCCGGUGUGGCGUUCACUCGUCUAAUGAGCCACCUGAUGAGCAAGCCCUCUCUGGUGAUUUGGAAGACCCUGUUGCAUUCCUUCGCGGAACUGCUUGUGGAAGAUCAGCCGAAGGAAGUGCUGCCCGAAAACCUGGACUUUGCUCGUGAACUGCAUGCUGCGCUUCUUUGUCAAUACCUAAGCGGCACUCGGCUGGCUGAGCAAGUGCAGCUUUAUCAGCUGCAAGUUGAGCAACAACUACAGCACACUUCCCAGGUGCUCGAGCAGUUCGGACGACUUCUGCUAAGCCAGGAGCACAAUCGCCGGCUUAUGAAUGCCUUUCUGGAGUGCGCAGAGCGAGCCAGUGGCUUGGAGCUUCUUCUGGCUUACUACUGGCCAGACGGGUUCCCCGCCAGCCAACGGCCAUUACGGCUGAGGGGUUUCCUGCCCACCGCCGAGUGGACAUUGAUCCAGCAAAGGGUGUACAACUUCGGCAAGAGCUGCUGCCGACAGAGAUUGCAGCGUUUGGAGCUGCAGCUUGUUGAGAGCGGUUGGUUGCUGAAUGAUCAAAGGAAGGCCAAUUGCUCAGAUGCCCUGGCUGAGUUGGUGGCGCCACAGCAACUCUUUCGGCUGUCCAGACCACAGAAGCAGCUCCGUUUGCACCAAAGGAAACAUAACCAAAUCCUGGAAUCCCAUAUCAAUGAUUCGGAGACCAUUGAAGUGCUUACAUUGCAGCUGCUCAAGGAGUAUGGAGCAGUGGCCAAAGAGGCCAAGGCCAAAGGGUCAUUGCUGGUCAAACUGAAACUGGAAGAGCAGGUGGAGGAGAACUCGCUGACACACUUUCUACGAGAAAACGCAUCGGUUCAAAAUAACUUGCACAUGCCCCCGGCCCAGGUGCUGGUCGAGACUCUGCAGGGUCUUCCAUUGGCUCAGUUGCCCCGCAACAUUCGAUCGUCCCUUUGGCUGGUGAUCUUCGUUUUGUACAGGGAUCUCAGUCUCAGCCAUCAGGAGGAAAAUGCCAAUCAGGUUCUAGAGCUACUAAUAGAUCUUAUGCACUUCGGUCAUCCGUUACCCAUAUGCAGCUACUUCCCGCGGCUAAGCGAACUGCUUCCCCUUAUCCCUACCAGCUCGACGGUGGGUUGGAGUUUCUACGAAACACUUUUUGCUCGUUGCAUUCGCCGCCAGGGUGCCGGUAGUGCAGCAUUUCUUGCAAGUUGCACGGACUUCUUCAAGGAUCAAAUGGCUGCGUCAAACAAAUUGCCAGCAGAGGAGCGUCGUCUUUUGCUGCUGGCCAUCGAAACACUUAGCAGUGCAACUGAAGCUCAGGGCAGGCGAUUGCAAUGCCAACUGCACCCACUUAUCGAGAUCUAUGGCGAAAUGGUGACUCACAAGUUUCGCUCCAAGAAAAAGGAGGCAUCUGCUUACAAGGAGUUCGUGGAUUGCACCCUGCCGGGCUAUGCGACCUACGUGAGCAAUUGCAUCAAUCGCGUGGUCAGGCAGGAGCGGGAAAGAGACCAGCAGGAGAAAAAGGAGCCGGAGAAUUCGGAGAAAACGAAAGCCGAGAAAAGAAAGAAAAAGAGGGAUGCAGACACUGCGAAGGUUCAGGAGAAGGAGGAGGAAAACGGAAAGUGGAAGACGCUGCAACCCAUAGACGAAAAUUUCCGACGCAUCUGCAAGAUAUACAUUGGUCACUCGUUAAACUAUCGAGAUGCUAAUGCUAUACGCUUGCUGAAUGUGGCUCUCACCCAUCGUCAGCGCUUGCAUUUGGAUCCGGAUGAGAUAGAGUUCGUGCUAAGCAGCUAUUGGCAGCAGUUGAAUGCGGACAUUGAGAUGGGCGACAUUUUCUCCACUUCAGCAUUGGCUGGUCUGGAGCCGGCCAUCAAGCUGAUCAUUGGCUAUAAGACUAACGAGGAUUUCCUACUGCUCCUGCGCCGUCUUUCCGCACAAGUGGAACAAAUGGCACGCCCUGCGUCGCAAUCCCAGCAUGCUGCGCUCCAGAAUGUGCUAAGCCUUUUGGCUCUCUUUGCCAAAUGCUCGUUGAGCAGCGUGAAGGGAGCGAUGCUAAAUGAGCAUUUCGAGCUGAUCAGUGUGAGUGUUUCGCUUCGCCUCCCGGAGCCCAAAGACUUGGCAUACUGUGGUCACGCCCUCCGACUCCUGGAGGCUCAGCGCAAUCUGGCCGGGAAUCGUACGGUCCCUCUCACGGGAGAGACUCUGGAUUGCCUUCUGGGCAGCAUGCUGGAUGUAGACAUCAAGCACUUGAUCCGGCACGGCGGCAGUUGGCAGCACUUUGUGGAUCUGUAUGGUGCACUCACAGACAACCUGAUUGUGCUGUUGAAACAACACAGCAACCUGAUGUCAGACCGCGCAGCCCAGCUCAGUGCCCUGUGCCGGGAUCUGAUCCAGGCUAUCGUUGGCUAUCGCGCGGAAAGAAAACAGACGCAGGACAUCAGUGAGACGGAGCUGGAUGGUUUGGCGGACUUGGGUCUGAAGCUGGCUACUGUAAUGGCCACAGUGGGCACCACUCAGGCGCUGGCCGUGAAGAGAGUGGCGCCCUUCCUGCUUAUCUUCACCAUUCGCCAAAUGGUGGGAACCGAAAGGCCGACGACGCUGUUCGAAAAGAUCAAGGUUCACAUAGUGCGCGUUUGCCACGAACUGAUCGGGAUGUGCGAUCACCGUGCCGGACACUUCAUCCUACGCUCCAGUAACGAGGCCGGCGCCAGGAUGUACGAGGGAUUGCUGAAGGAUCACGAGAAGUACCACAAGUUCAGGGGCAAGGUGUAGAGACAAGGAACGGAGAAUACACCCGUUAAAUUUUCUCCUUUAUAUUUGUUAAAUUUCAACUCUUCAAAAAUAUAUAAAAAUGAGUGCCCUAUGUGCCUUGA